CGCCGAAGGAUGGGAGGGUGGUCCCACUCCUCCACCCCCGAUCUAGCCCCACUCCCAGUCCGGCAGAGGGAGGCUGGGGCGGUAUUCUGGGGGUGCUGGCUUAGCCCUACGGCCACCCCUAAAGUUUACCAACUCCCUCCCCCGGUCCCUUGCCUUCUGUGCUCCCCACUCCCUCCUUCCCCGGGGACGCUCAGGCUCCGCGCUCCAGCUCUUUCGGCGGGAUCAAUAACCAAAGUGCUCCAGGAAGGCGACCCCGGCGAGACCCAGCAGAAAACAGGAGGUCACACUUGUCUCUUUCCUGAGCUUCCCGUCUUACAUCUUGACAGGUGGCAGGAGAUUAGAUCCUUUCAGACCACGGGGCGACAGUUCUUUACUGUGUUUGCCAACUUAAGCAAGAGGACAAUCGUUAUCUUUAACCAAACAGAGCCUCCUCCCAAGACGGGUCCAUCUCUGGUUCUGAGGAAAUCUCUCACAGUCCGGGCUGCAGUCAUCAUCCUCACGCUGGGCCUGGCUGCUUCCAUCCUGCUGCAGGCUGUUCUCUAUCCCUGGUUUAUGCGUACAAUAUCAAAUGUAAAGAACAAUGCUCAGUUGCUGAAAGGCCGUGUGGACAACAUCAGCGCUCUGGGCUCUGAGAUUAAGAGGAAUAGAGGAGGCGUGGAGGCAACCGGCAUUCAGGUCCAGAAGGUGAAUGCCAGCCUGGAUCAUGUGCGUUCUCAGAUCUGGAAGUUGGAAACUGGUGUGAAGGAAGCCAAUGCACAGAUACAGAUGUUAACAAGAAGUUGGGAGGCGGUCAAUGACUUAAAUGCCCAAAUUCCAGAGUUAAAAAGAAAUUUGGAUAAAGCCAGUUCUUUAAAUGCAAAGGUCCAGGGACUCCAGACCAGUUUGGAGAAUAUCAGCAAGGUGCUCAAACAGCAAAAUGACAUUCUGCAGAUGGUUUCUCAAGGCUGGAAGUACUUCAAGGGGAACUUUUAUUACUUUUCUCAAGUCCCAAAGACCUGGUACAGUGCCCAGCAGUUCUGUGUGUCCAGGGAUUCACACCUGACCUCAGUGGCCUCGGAGAGUGAACAGGAGUUUCUGUACAAGAUGGCAGGUGGACUUUUCUACUGGAUCGGCCUGACCAAAGCCGGGAGUGAGGGGGACUGGUACUGGGUAGACGAUACUCCAUUUAACAAGGUCCAGAGUGCAAGGUUCUGGAUUCCAGGUGAGCCCAAUAAUUUUGGGAACAAUGAACACUGUGCCAAUAUAAAGAUGUCCUCGCUUCAGUCAUGGAAUGAUGCCUCCUGUGACAAUAAGCUCCUUUUCAUCUGUAAACGGCCCUACAUACCAUCAGAACCAUGACGGGACUGGUCCCAAGCUUGCACGUUGAGCUCUGAUGCUUCUUGAACUAGAGAACCUGCCUCUGUUUCUUCCAUAUUCCGGGAUGACUUUGCACCUUCACUUUUCUGGCUUCAAAAUUGUCCCAGAGGCAUCCUGGAGUUCAUCUGCUUUGGCUGGGAAUUCUCUGACCCCAUAGAGGCAGCUGGAGUGGAAGGGAGAUCUUGGAAAAGGAGAGGAGGGCGGAGAGGAUUUAGAAGUUCAAAUUGCCUCAGGAAGGUGAUCAGAAACUUGCGGUUCCCUUUCCCUUCAGAGAAGCCUCAGUUUUAUCACAUGAAAGUUGCUUCAGACCACCCAAGUGGUUCUCCUGAUACCGAUGUUCAGGGCUUUUCCAAUUGAUCCCCCAGAAUUCCCAUUUGCCUGCUUAGGGGGCCGUGUUCUCAGUGGGAAGAGCUCGGCUCUUAGAGACCCCGUCUAGGCCCUGUUCCCAUUGCUCUCCAUCCACAUCCCCUGAGGUCUAAGCCCCUUCUUCUCUGAGAUGCGGGCAACUGGUUCAGCUCGGGGGCUGACACGGCAAUGAGUCUCUGUUAGAGCUGGACCAGCAUCCACGCUCCUUCUUGCUCCCCUUUGCUCGGCAAACUCUGAGGCCCAGCUCUGUCUUCUACAGUCCUCUGCCCAGCCCCCCUGUUUCACCUCCUGCACAUCCUCUUUCAUCUGCAUUUCCUCUCUUCCCUUUAGGGACAGAGUUCACCUGCAAACUUCAUCAGAGUCAAAUGCUGCCUGGGUAAAGCAUGUUUUACCUCUGUGAGCAUGUUUUGUUCCCAGCUGUACAGGUGAAUAUGCCGGCAAGGCCAUCUGCUCUACCAGACAUGGAGUUCUGGGGUAUCCCCAGGAGAUAGUUGGAGGCCCCAAAAUGACAAGGGGUAGAGAAGAUUCAGCUCCGGAAACGCCACAAAUAUGAGCAAUGCUUACCCUUGGUUUUUAUUGAACUGAAGGAGAGUGAGGUCUGCAGCAUCAUGUCCCUCCUGGUGGUCUUUCCUCUCAGAAGCUCAGUGGACAGUCUGUUGCCUGGCUUUACUCCUGAAGGUGUAAAGUUGACAUUAUUUCCCAUCCUUCACGAAGACCCUGUUUGUGGGUAUCAGGUCCCGGUGCCCUGGUCCAGUGGCUGAGGCAGGGAUCUAGGCAGGGGCUGUACUGCCAGGAGGGGAGCAGAGAAGGAGAAGGAAGGAGGUGGUGCGAGCACAGGAGUGGGCUCAGUAGGGUGUCCUCCUCUCCUUCGGUCCUCAUUAGGGCUCUCAGUAGGGUCCUGAGGACAGGACAUUUUCCUUCAAUGACUGUGACCAGCAGGUGGUGUUUUGGGUGCAAAGGGGUCAGGCUUAGGGCAGGGGCAUUAGGAGGAAGCUUGAAGUAACAUGGGGCAAAUGGGAUUUUUAAAAUAUGGCAAUGGCAGGGCACCUGGGUGGCUCCGUUAGUUAAGUGUCCAACUUCUGUUCAAGUCA